CGAAUUUCCCCUUGGCAUCUUCACCUCCCCUGAUAGUCCGGCCUUGGCCUGAAUUUAAAUGGAUUGACUGGGUUUGAAUGAGUCUGGAUGAUGAGACGGAAAAUUGCAUUCAUCCAUUCCCUUUUUCUGGGGAAGAUCUCCUCAAACGUCCAGGGAUCCGGAGAUAGACUGAAAUUCCAUCCAUCAUCGGACUAUCAUAUUUCAAAAAUCAGCUCAGACUUAUCAUCCGGCUUAUGCUUACUACCCUCUCUACCCCUCUUCUUCUUCUUCAUCUUAUUCUUCUUCUCCCCUGCAUCAUGACAUCCCCUUCCCAUCCCUUGAAACAAAGAGCAUUCCUCCUCGUUGUCAACCUUGCGUCCAAGCCAUGCACCUCCUUGAUUGACACUCCCCAUAUAAGUCUU